AUGCCGCAUACGCCAAGGAGGAAGUCAAAAUCGAGCUGCUCGACGACGUUGUGGAAGGUGCCAUCACUAAAUUCACACCGAACUCAAACAAACUCAGAGGAUGGACGAAAGCUGCAACGAGCGAAAAUGCCAUCGUCAAGUUUCAAGAAACGGCAAAACUCGGAACCACUUCUGCAAAGAACUGGGAGAGCGCCAUCGUCAAGUUUGAAUCUGGCGCCAAGCUUAAACCGCUAG